AUGCAAUGGUUCGAGGCGAAGCCCUGGACCACCCAACAGAGCAACCCCACGCGAGCACGUCACACCAACACCCUCCACUGGCGCACCGAACACAAACCGGCGCUCCUCCUUCUGGAGCUGCGUGGCAGGGAUGUCCUGUGCCGCAGAGGUCAGAGCAAUUUCAGCCAGAAAAGCCAAGCUAAAGCCAAGUGCGCAGACAGCGGUGAGAUCGGCCUUCUGCCGCCGACGCUUUUUCCCAUCGGCUGGAGCCUUGCCCAUCCAUCGGUCCAUCGCGCCAGCGCCACCGGCGCUGCGCAGUUUGCGCCCACCCUGACUAGUAUUUGCAGCAAAGAGCGCAACUGCUUUCACCGGUCGCAGAUCAUCUUCUCCGGCGUGAACCCGAUCCUCACCUUCGAAGACUACUGGGAGGAGUUCCGGAUGAUCCUCUACGAGGAGAUGAUGGCCGUGGCAAAGUGCGUGGACACCUCGCUCGUCUUACGUUCAUUCCGUGGUAAGAUCUUUCGCAGGCGCGCGGCAGUUCCCGUGAAUGAUAACGUCAGUAACCUCAGAUCCAAUUGGCAGCCAACGCUCGAGGACGUGAAAGAGGGCUACAUGGUCGGCUCGUUUCGAUCGACUACCUACAACUUGAUCAACAAGACUGCCAAGCUCACGCAGAAGCUUCAGCUCCCUUCUGCGGACGUGAACGUUGCAACCCCCAGUGAGCCCUUCACCCGCUCGGUCCGACAGGUCCCGAUCGAAGUGGAUCACAGGCGAUUCAGCACGAUUUGUCUCAAAGAUCCAGACGUCACACGCCAAAACUUCAUCAUGAUCGGUCAUCCGUUCGGCCCAGAGAUCUUCUCGAUGGUCGCGUUCAAUUUCUAUCAUGACAAGUAUGGGUUCGAGACUUCCGUGACGGCUCCGUCAGCUAGAAAAGUGGCGGAAGAAGUUCACUUCCUUCUGGGUGCCCAGUUCGAGGAGAAGAAGCUCCAGCUCACCCCCUUGCCGGCGAUCCUCGGAACCGCAGGCAAGCUCAAGGGCAAGCUGAUGUUCGGUGCAUGCCAGCUCUGGGGUAAAGUGGGAAGAGCCUUCUUCAGGCCGAUCUUGGAGAGGCAGUACAUGAAGGACAUGGAUGCUGAUCGCAUGUGCCUCAACGCACCGCCGGGGGAGGUCUCCCUCAGGUGCGAGAAGAAGUGCGACGUCGUGAUCUUCACGGAUGGCUCCACCUGUGGCCCUCGCAAGAAGGAGAGAGGCCGGGAUCGAGUUGGAGCCGUGAUGUUCCAUCGACGAGAAUAUUGUCCUUUUCAGUUCUCCCAAGUGAUCCGUAAGGACGAGGAAGACCCGGUGGAGUCUCUUCAGAUUCGAGCCUUGCGGAUUGGCCGUCACGUGAUCACCUGUCUAUCGGCGAAGCCGUCGGAUGGAGGUCUCCAGGCGCUCGCUAUGGGAUCGCGUGACGAUCUCUUUCGCGCAUGCGUGGAUUGUGGUCUCAAGACGGGAUGCUACUGCGACGGUCUGGUCUUUGAAGCAGUUCGUUUUGCGAUCGCAAACAUUGAGGAAGGCAAGCGGAACUCCAGCGCUGAUUGUUUGUUGGAUGUCAACGCGCUGGAAAUUGUUGCACGGCAAAGGUGGGCCACACAAGCCUGGGUGCGCGAAAGUGAGGAACCGCUGUCCAUUGCCUGCCGCCUGCCGCGGCAGCUGCGGGAAUGCCUCACCUCCAUGGAGCGCUUGAGGAGCUUGGCAAAAGUGAUUCAAAAAGGCGGCCCAUGCUUCGAGGCGCCACCCACGUCUCACAUUGCCUACCAGCCCUGCAAGAAAGUGAAGGCAUUGAGCAAAGCCAGCAGCGACAAGGAGACUGACGAGCCAGAGACCGAGGGCCCUGAGACGGAAGAAACAGAGGAAACUGAGGCCGAGGAUGCAGAUGCCGGAGAAGGCAUCCUCUCCGAGAGGAAUCUGGAGAGCGAGAUGCUGGUGCAGAUGAACGAGUUGCUGCACACCGAGGCUGAGCCAGGCGAUCGCUCUGAAACUGAUAGUGUGAGCGACGAGCAAAAUGAUCUCCCAGAAGAGGAGAUUGACGAGGAAGCUGAUCUUGAAGGGAUCGGAAGUGUAGCAGAAGCUGAUAGCGGCUUCGGACCCAUGUCCCUCCACAGUCAGUUCGUCCGGUGUAAGGUCUGCGGCGAACAAGAGAAGGUGGAGAAGGUGGAGUUUCCAGCUCUUCGCAUACGCUUGAGCUGCCGGUCGGUUGCGACAUGGAAUGCUCAAGUUCUGCAGCUUUUCCAUUCUGAAGAAGAUCGUGAGCAAGGCCACUAUGCGGAGUCCGCUGAUUGGUCUCACGAGUGGACCAACGAGUGGACCAACGAGUGGUCCAACCAAUGGCCGCGCGCACGGCAGCCAGCAGGAAAGCGUUACGGCAGCAUCGCAAUGGACUUUCAGGUGGCAGAAGCCCUGCCCAUAUGA